AUGGCACAUAAUCAUUGUCAUGGUCAUCAUGAUCACGACCAUAGCGAUGCCGAAGACAUUGGCAUCCAGUAUAACCUUUACCAAAAAAUUGAUAAGGAGAAUUUGCAAUGUUUAAAUGAAAGUGUUGAAGGUUCUGGCAAAACUGUCUUUAAACCGUGGGAGAAACGUCUUGAUAGAUCUCAAUAUGUUGAAAGUGACGCAGAUGAAGAAUUACUAUUUAAUAUACCUUUCACAGGAAAUGUGAAGCUUAAAGGAAUAAAAAUAUCUGCAGAAGACACUGACUGCCAUCCUGCUGUGUUAAGAUUAUUUAAAAAUAAACCCAAUAUGACAUUUGAUGACGUAACGAUGGAACCGGAUCAAGUUUUUCAACUUCAAAAGGAUAGUGCAGGAGUUUUAGAGUAUGCACCAAAAAUAGUCACAUUUUCGUCAGUUACCCAUUUGACAAUGCAUUUUCCAUCCAAUUUCGGUGCAGAUACAACAAAAAUUGAUUAUAUUGGACUAAAGGGGGAGUGGACUCAGGGGCACAGACAUGGAGUUACCAUUUGCACUUACGAAGUUAGACCUAAUCUUGAUGAUCAUAAAUUAAAAAAUGAAGAUUCUGUAUCCCGACAAAUUGAAUAA